AACAUAAUUUACAACGGCAACAACAACAACGGCGGAUUUCGAACAUCUUCCAACAACAGUUGCAGUAACAGCCUCACCAUAAGCAGCAACAACAUAAAUUCGAGCAACAGCAGCAGUGUUACGGUUACGGCCGACGCUGCGACUGUGGCUAUAGCUAAAGAUAUGUUACAAUUGCAUCAUGGUUCGGCAUUGAAUAAUAACAACAAUAACAACAACAACAUCAAUGAUGGCUUAAAUUCUUCACCUGCUCACAAUAACAACAACAGCAACAAUAAUUCCUCUUCAAAUUCUUCUGCCACGAUUAAUAAUCGUAACUCAACAACAGCAAAUACGAUGACGCUAGCAACCCCACCUGCCCCUCAACAACAACAGCAGCAACAAAUUCAACUGCAACCCCAACAAAGACCACCGCCACCUCCCGAACAUGCUGUGGGUUUUCUCAAAUAUGAAGACGAACUGUUAUACAUCACCGAAACCUGCACCGUUAUUGGACGCAAUUCCUCAACGUCCCAUGUCCAUUUCCAUGUGGCCGAAAACAAUUUGGUAUCCCGCAAACAUUUUCAAGUUUUAUUUGAUCCGGAGACACGAGAUUUCUACGUACAAUGUCUGAGUAAGAAUGGCAUCUUUGUUGAUGAUUUCUUGCAGCGACGCAAUGCGGAUCAUUUGAAAUUACCAGCCAGUUGCUAUUUUCGUUUUCCCAGCACCGAAAUACGCAUACAAUUCGAAAGUUUCUUGCAUACGGACUCGCCACCGGACUCAUUGACCGGCAGCCACACCAACAACAAUAACAUGAGUAAUAACUCCAUGAAUAAUAAUCAUCAUAAUAUAUCUUCAUCAUCUUCCUCCGCCUCUUCUCAUCAUAUAUUAAGUGGGCAUGGUGGUGGUGGUAGUGGUGGCGGUGUUGGCAUUUCGGCCAGUAAUGUUCAUCAAGUUAUUAUAUCACCUGCCUCGGCCGAUGAGUUGAACAAUCAACAACAGCAGCAUCAUCAUCAUCAGCAGCAACAGCAGCAGCAAUUGCAUGGUGGUGGACAUGUUGCUGGUGGAGUCGGCGUCCAACAGAUGCAACAUGUUACAUCGCAACAACAACAACAGCAUCAACAUCAUGCCACAACCGCUGGCGGCGUUGCAUCACAUUUGCUACCGGUGGAUAAUUCGAAUGUUAUUUAUUCGCCAUUGAAAAUAGCAAUACCUAAAAAGGAACAAAAGAGUCCUUAUUUAUCACCCACUGGUACAAUAAGUGCAGCCAAUAGUUGCCCGGCUAGUCCGCGUCAAGGUUUUCAUCAAAAUCAAAAUAACUAUAACAAUUAUAGUAAUAAUAAUAUACAAAAUCAACAAGAUUUAUUCCAAACCCCAUCAACCGCCAGUUAUAAUCAUAAUGAGAAACCACCCUACAGUUAUGCUCAAUUAAUUGUCCAGGCAAUAUCGGCGGCACCCGAUAAACAAUUAACACUGUCGGGCAUUUAUUCAUUCAUUGUCAAGCAUUAUCCAUAUUAUCGCAAGGAGACCAAUAAGGGUUGGCAAAAUUCCAUACGUCAUAAUCUCAGUCUAAAUAGGUAUUUUAUUAAAGUUGCUCGUUCUCAAGAUGAACCCGGUAAAGGUAGCUUCUGGCGCAUUGAUCCGGAUAGUGGUGCAAAACUAAUAGAUCAUAGUUAUAAAAAGCGACGUCAACGUAGCAGCCAGGGUUUUAGGCCACCCUAUGGUAUGCCACGUUCAGCUCCUGUUUCACCAAGUCACAUGGAAGAAUAUUCUGCGGAUAAUUCACGAGAAAGUUCACCAUUGCAAGAUAUUGUUUUACAAUCUGCACCCGGCUCUCCUGGUAUGUCAUUGGAAAAUCGUAAUGUUGAUAAUGAAAUUGUUUAUCAAAAUCAGAAUAUUCAACAAUUCGGUACCAAUAAUGCCCAUCAAUAUAGCAGCCCCUAUAUAACAAAUCAAAAUCAAGUUAUAUCACAGCAACAGCAGCAGCAUCAUCAAGAAAUCAGUGUCAGCAGUGCAGGUGGUGGUGGCGGUGGUGGUGGAGUUGGUGCUCUUAUUGCUCUCAAACGUAAUCAUGCAAUGGCUGCAGCUGGUACUAAUACAGCCGGAGGUGGUGGUGGUAAUACUGCAAUAACAACAAUGCAACAACAACAUCAACAGCCUAAUUUACAGGGUCUACAUCCAGAUAUAAUCUAUGAAGAGAUGCCAACAGAUUAUAGCGGCAAUAUUGUGGAAUCGGGUGAUGAAUGUGAUGCUGGCACUAAACGGCCCAAAGUCGAAGUACUCUGAUGUGUUAAAAAACGCAAAAUGAAAAAGCAACAACAGCAGCAGCAACAACAAUUAUUAUCGAAAAGAAUGGCGGCAAACAGCAGUAGCAGCAGCGGUGUUGCUGCUGCAGCAGCAUCAUCACCAGCAACUACCACGGUCGUUGUUGUUGUCGGCAAAUAA